AUGCUUUCACUGUUCAAGUUCGUAGUGCUUCUGGUGGUCGCUCGAAUUGCUGUCAGUGUUGAGAAUGAUUUCAGUGCGGGCAGCUUAGACUUUACGGUGAGAUUUUUCAAAAAUUUCUACAACCAAUCCACUAAUGCUGUCGUGUCUCCGCUCUCGGCACGUCUGGCGCUGGCCGCCAUCUAUCAGGCGGCAGGUUCCCAGUUGGGAUCGGAAAUUCAGCGUGCACUCGACCUUCCGGUUGACCUGUCGAAAGAAAAAACCGCAAAAACUGUGCGCACUCUGUUGGAGCAGCUGAACAACGAAAACUUGCACGUUUUGUUUAAAAUUUUCAAAAUUAAUGAUCCGCUGGAAGCGAACUUCGAGAAUGCAGUUCGAUCUCUAUUCAGUACGGAAGUUGAAACUGUUAACUUCCAGGACACGCUUGCUCUUUCGAAAACAAUCAACGAAUGGGUUUCGAAUUCGACCAAUCAAAUUAUUCGAGAUUUCGUAGAGGAGCAAUCCCUUGAACCGAACACGGAAUUUCUGCUGAUCAACGUUGUGGCACUGAAGGCUCAGUGGGCAAGCCGGUUUACUCCGGACGCCACUCGUCGAGUGGUUUUCCAUUUCGCCAACGGUGAUCGGGAGGUGGACAUGAUGCAUCAGCGGAUGAUGGUUCCCUACCGGGUAACCGAGUCCUUUCAUGCCGCGGAGCUGGCGUACAGUCCGGAGUCGGAUCUGUCGAUGUGGAUUAUUAUACCGCGUGGUCGCGGUUCCUUAGGGGACUUAGUUCGGAUGCUUUCAACGGAUAUGAUUGCUAAUAUUCGGCAAGGAAGUAAAACGAUUUUACUUACGGUGGAAUUGCCACGGUUUUCGAUUAGGAAUGAAUUCGACGUGCGAAGUGUGCUGGAAAGGAUGGGCCAUUCGAGCCUUUUUGAGGUGGCCGAUCUGGAAGUUUUCGCCGGAAGGCGAUCGGAGAUUAGUGAAAUCUUUCAAAGUGCCGCCAUCGUGGUCGAUGAAGAGGGAACGGAAGCGACGGCUGCCACAAGGGUCAACGUAAAAUGGCGCAGUUGGGCACGACCCUUCCUUGCUCACAAGCCGUUCAUUUUCUUCAUCCAACAACGCUCGACAAACGCGAUUCUAUUCAUCGGACAAUACUCGAACCAUGAGGAAUAG